GGUCCCUUGCUCCUUCCAUAUCAAGGAUAAUUCCAGUACUAGAAUUGAAAACAUCGCAACGAUGUCACUAUCUGAGCAGAGUCAGCUCAGCAACUGUUGGAAGCUCAUCAAAUUGUUGGAAGCUCAGCAACUGUUGGAAGCGCAUUGCACAAUUGGGAAGCGUUUACUCGCCCAGCCAUUCAUCAUGCUUCGGCCUUCUCCUACUAUGAUAUCUCUUUCCAAAAGAGACGUGGUAGAGCAUUUAGAGAACGUUGUCCGCAAAGCCGCAACAGCACCAUGCGGCGGUGCUGAACAACCUGCAGAUACGAGGUUCAUGCAACCUCUUUAUAAUCGUCAGUCAACUUUCAUGGAUGAUGCCAGAGCUGCUACGUCUUGGGGCCAGUCCAGUUUUCAAGGCAUUACUAGAUUCAACACCCAGGAUCCUAUCGGAGGCCAAUCUGACGGUGUAGAUGUCUCCUUAGGGUCCAGAUCAUCAGAUGGCUCUGAUACUGAUGAGGUUUCUCAGAUGGGGCAGCCAAUAAGCCUGUUGCUGUCCCUCGACAACGAGGACUCGGGAGCUGAAGAUGUGUACCAAUUAACUAGGCUUUCACUCCGAGAUGAUAAUCCAAGUGAGGGCGUCGACAUGAGGCAACCAUUGGCAUCUAGAAGCUCAGAACCAAGACGUCAAGAGACGCCACAGGAGAAUAACUUGGGCUAUGGUGGGUUUACGGAGAGACCUUCAAGCGAUUCGUCAUCGUUCGUUCCCGAUGAUGUCUCUACUCCCCAGGAGGCGAGGCUGCCAGCUCUCCAGCGGCUUCGUGUUCGAAAUCCGUUCCCGCGAUCACCAUUAUACAGAUCUUAUAAUCACCGUCUUUCCCCCGAAGGUAGUAGAAGCGUAGGACUGGCAUCGCAAUUGGUGUCUCCUGGGACCCCUGGGGUUUUAUUUUCGCAGCCAGCGAGGCGUUCGAGGGACUACCGACUCCGUACAUCAGCAUUCUCACGGGAAGAAUCCAAUAAAUCCAGAUCAAUUCUCGAGGAUUUUGAUAUUUCCGAGCCAGAUUAUCAUAUUGACUUACCGCCGUCCAUUGAGAGAAGUCAACUCCAUGGUGCUUCGUUUCAGAGCCCUGAUGGGGAAGUUAGCCAUCCAUCUUUCCGGCCAACACGCAUUUUCCAUCCCAGUGGUGUCGCACAGCCUGAAGAUGAGAUAUCAUCAUUGCAUACCACGAACUCGGAAGUCUCUCCGCAUUCUCUGCAUCUUCCACCACCAUCCUCGACAAGGUCGAGGAGUGGAUCUGCUACUGGGUCACUUCCGGCCGGGAACUCAAGCAGCACAGAGCGCAGUCCCGGAAUUCAUCAUGGUGGGGAUGCUGGUGAUCGCUCGAUAACCCCAUCAGGCCUGGCCGGCCUUGAUGAUAUCGCGGGAGGACAAGGGUUGCAACAGAGCUCAAGAUCUGGCAGUGCUACUAGUAACGUCUCAUCGGUGCCAUUUCGUCUUGUCUCGGCGUAUAGAUCCAGGUCGCCGAUUGGCCCAUGGCAUCUGCCGUCAAGGCCGUCGCCAACGAUACCACGAGUCUCUCGAGACAGCCGGAUUGCAUCUUCCGCAAGUCGUCCCGGUCCAGCAAAUACGCCAUACCGCAGAUUACAAGUGUAUGACGAGCGAGUACCUGCAUCGCUACAGCCGCAAACUCCGGAUCAAUUGCCUGAGGCGCGACACUUUAGUCCCUACCACUUUUCAUACACGGCGCCAGCUGGGCGUCGACACGCGAGCGCGCAACAGCCUCGAUGGCAACCCCCUCAAAGACGAUGGAGGCGGCGCAGUGGGAGCCCUCCUGGUCUAGAGACGCCAGGCUUCGCAGGGCUCUACGGCGGGCAGGAGAACACGGACGACGAAGUGAUGUUUGAACGGGCUGCCCAGCGACUGUUCCUCCAGCACGGGAGUAGCGGGAGGGACGUCAACAGGUCUCCUGGCAGCACCACUCCAGGAAGGGGGUCAUUAUUCCGGGAAGCAUAGGAUGGGUGGGGGGCCUUAUUCAGCGGCUUGGCUGGUCCAAAGUCGGAAGGGGAUAUUCAUGUGUCGCUAUCCAUAUUGGUGAUAUCCAUACUCCGUAUUGGUGAUAACAGACCGGCGGCCUCCUCGUGAUCUGGGGUGUGAUCUGCGAGGUGUCUGUUGGGUGUCUGGGUGUCCGUGGUGUCUGCGUUGUGAUCUGCGCGUUUUGUUUGUGGGAACAAUAAUAUCGGUAUACUCGAGUUAUGUUUGUAUUACUUGGAACCCUGCUGUACGCACAUGAGCAAUCCGACGCGUCACAUUAAUGACAUUAACUAGUAACGAAAAGGGACGAGUAAGAGAGAGUAAGCAAGAGUAACGUACGAUUCUAUGGUGAAGCAGGGUAUACUCGUACCGUGAUUCCUUUGAUUCCCUUUGGUCAGCCCUAUCAACGAUGACGCUUGCCGUUUACCCAAUAUAGGCC